AUGAGCUCCAAGCCCGCGCCGCCUCCCAACGACGAGCCCCCGUCAUACCACGAUGCCAACCGCCCACCCCCGGGGGCAGCGCCGCCGCCAAUGGGUGGUCCGCCGAUGGGUGGCCCGCCGCCCAUGAUGAUGGGCUCGCCGCCGCCGCAGCAUCCCAAGCCCGCCUACUACGGCGCCGACCCCAACGCUCCUCCCGGUGGCUACCCGGGCGGCCCGCCACAGCCCGGCUACGGCUACUACCAGCAGUCUCCGCCCAUGGGCUACUACGCCCAACCGCCGGGCCCCUACGGACCUCCGCCGCCCGGCGGCUACUACCAGCAGCAGCCGUAUGGCCAGCAGCCGCCGUACGGCCAGCAGCCCUACGGCCACUACCAGGACGACAGGGGCGCGCGCAAGCCCGGCUGCCUCGAGGGCAUGCUCGCCGCGCUGGCGUGCUGCUGCUGCUUGGACUGCCUGCUGUUCUAG